AUGAAACGCACGGCGCGCGGACGUAGACGCAGGGGUCGAGGAUUCGUCUGCGAGUCGACAGAGAGGAGCAAGAAAAAGCGCUCUUCCCCGAGAGCUUCCUGCCUCUGCGGCUACAUCUUCCCGGAGAGCGUCCGGCCUCUGCACGACAGGCCAUCCCGCGGGGGACGGUCGCGUCGUCUCUAAUCCUACGCGUCCGUUCUUCUCGUCAGCUGAGCCGGCGCCGGCUCGGCGACGAAGAGGACGGACCCGUGGUUCUGAGACGACGCGUCCCCCGCUCCGGGGUUCGGCCGCUGAGACGACGCGCCGCACGUCGACGGAGAGGAGCAGGAAAGUGCGCUCUACCCCCCCCUUCCCCGGGGGGCGUCGGGCCCAGCGCCCUCUGCAAGACAGGCCAUCCCGCGGGGGACGGUCGCGUCGUCUCUCAUCCUACGCGUCCGUUCUUCUCGUCAGCUGAGCCGGCGCCGGCUCGGCGACGAAGAGGACGGACCCGUGGUUCUGAGACGACGCGUCCCCCGCUCCGGGGUUCGGCCGCUGAGACGACGCGCAGCACGUCGACGGAGAGGAGCAGGAAAGUGCACUCGAGACGACGCGUCCCCCGCUCCGGGGUUCGGCCGCUGAGACGACGCGCCGCACGUCGACGGAGAGGAGCAGGAAAGUGCGGCUACGGUCCAAGACCGUCCCGAGGAGGGGGAAAGCGCCGGAGGCGAGUUUGGAAAAAGGGAAAAACGCGGGACGGAGGAUUCGUCUGCGAGUCGACGUGCUGA